UCUAUAAUGGCCGCCUGAAGACGUCAAGUAAUAUAAACAAAUUGGUUGAAAAACUUUGUUUUUUCGCCAAAAACUUUAUUAUUCUAUUUAAAAAAAAGUGUAGAAAUUGUGUCUGUUAAAUGUUAUAAAGAUUUUCUUUUUAAUUUGUUGCAUUCUUUCAAUAACUAAAAACAUGAAUUGAACUGUCGCUGAGCAUCUUGAAAAGUGGUCAAACAAGGAGUGCUUUGCAAAGGCGAUACAACAUUACUUAUGAACUCACAUAUAAAAUAUUUAUCUCGAUUUAAUAACCAGUAUUUUACCAAAUGUUACAAUAUAAAAACAGUGCCCUUGGCGGUAGCACCGUAAAUACCAGUACAGGACAGUCUGCGGCCGCACCGCCCACACCAACUCUCCAACAGCAAACGACAGGGACAGCACCUAGCGCCCAAGUCAAAACGACAUUUGUCAACGCUACACCUAACGCUCAAAUAACAAAUGCAAGUAACAAUGUGCCGUUGCAACAAAUUAUCAACUUGCAACAUCUGCCUCAGCAAUUUGUCCAGACGUCCAAUCCUGCAUCGCAGCAAAAUCCCGCUAUACCCACGCAAAACAUGUUCCAAAUUGUGCAGCCAAUGCAAACAGUGACCAUUGAUGGACAAGAAGCGAUCUUUAUUCCAAAUUUAAAUGCUGCACAAUUAUCAACACCUGCGCAGCCUAUAAAUAUUAAUGGACAGCAAGCGUUUAUUACACCUAAUGGACAAAUUGUACGGGCACCUACAGCUGGCUCAGCACCCACAGCAAUGCAGUUGCAGCCUGCGACACAAUUUAUACAUGGACUGGGUCAAGCUAUGCAAUUCCCACCAGGUGUUGGAUCGCCAGAGCAAACAUUAUUUACAAUACCGGGUACCAACAUCCAAGUACCCAUUAUUAAUGCCGCAGCACAGCAACAGCAACAAAUGUUACAACAACAGCAACAAAGUCAGUCUCAAUCGACUAAUAGUUCUACAAGCGGGAGUGCUUCUAAUAAUAGUAGUACACAACCACCAACAAGUACACCGCAAGUGUCGACUAAUGCCAGUCAAACUACAACCCUGCCUAAUACAAUUACCAUACCAGGUACCAACAUACAGAUUCCAACAUCAGUGGCAGCCUCAAAUGGCUUAUUGGGAAAUUUGGGUAAUAUUUUAAGUAACAACACAAUUAAACUCGAAAACGGUCAAACUCUACAAAAUGUGCAAAUAAGACAUGCCGGGACAUCGGCCAAUGCCAAUUCUGCCCAAACAGCCAUUCCGCAAUUUAUACAGUUCCCUCAUGGCUUACAACAACAAACUGCCACUGCAUUACAACAAACAGUUGCCGUGCAAAUUCCGAUUCAGACCGGUGGUGGCCAGACAAUAUAUCAAACGGUACAUGUGCCUGUGCAUCAACUAAAUGCAGCGGGAUUGCCAAACAUGAUACCUUCACAAGCGCUGCCAAUGUCUGCUUUGCCUCCCACUCAGAUGCAAAUAAUUCCGCAAUUCGCACAAAUAGCCCAAAUUGUUACACCGAAUGGGCAAAUACAGCAAGUGCAACUAGCUCCUCUAAAUGCCAUGUCAUAUCCACAAUUACCACCUAAUGCAAAUAUUAUACAUAUUCAACAGCCACAACAACAGAACUCAUCUACUAAUCCACAACAACAAGCUGCCGCUGCUGCAGCAGCUGCACAAGCUGCUGUUACAGCACAGCAUCAACAACAGCAACAACAGCAGCAGCAACAGGUUGCACAACAACAGCAACAGCAGCAACAACAACAGCAGAUCCUAAAUGCAUUAAGUGCAGCAUCAGAAUCUGGUAUACAACUACCAACAAAUCAGCCAAUCACUAUAACUAAUGCACAGGGUCAGCAACUUACCGUUAUACCUGCACAACAACUGCAACAACUUCGAGCAACAGCAGCACCUCCUGCCCCAAACCCCGCUUCAAAUCUUAUUCAACUUCAACAACUAUCGGGUAUACAGGCUUUGCCAAUUCAAAAUAUACCUGGUAUAGGACAGGUUCAAAUAAUUCAGGCCAACCACCUUCCUCCUCAACUACAAGGUAGUUUUCAACAUGUUAUAAUGCCACAGCAGUUGCAUCAACAACCGCAGGUACAAUUACCAUCGAAUCAAGGAACUCUACCUAAUGUGGUACAAACAUCGAUUCCACAAACGGGCACAACUUCGUCUACAACAAGUACAAAUCUAGUUCAGCCAAAACAAGAGCCACAAAGUCCUUCUCAAGUGCAACAUACAUUAAUUACAAAUAUUAAACAAGAACCACCUGAUCCAAGUCAAACUCCGCAGCAAAUUAAAUGGGUUGUACCACAAAGCAUUGCUGUUAAUAUGCAACAACUGCAAUCUCAGCAGCAGCAGCAGCAAGUUGACCAGUCACAACAAUCAUCUAACGAUAAUUCAACGAUAACUUCACAAUUACCUGCAUCCAUACAAAUUACAGCCGUCCCACAAACUCACAGCUUCACUAUUACACCCACCAAUCAAAAUCGCACUACAAUGUUGAAAGCUCAACCCUCUGCUAUAACAACUAUGGGCAGUUUGGUUUCACAGAAUAAUCCGAUAGUACCGCCGUCCACAGCCGUAACAUCGAGUGGAGGGGGUGCACAAAUCACAAUAGCAACAGCACCAGCGGCACUGGCUCAACAGUUGCAUCAACAGCAACAACAACAACAACAGGCACAACUUCAUGCUAUACAAACACAAUUAGACGCAGCAAACGCUGCAGCAACAGCAGUGUCCACGUCAUCAACAACCUCUGUGAACGUUAACGAUGUUGGAUCAGGCAAUAGCACGGUUAACAUCAACAGUAGUAUGAGUGCCAUCGACGGUACGAAUUCAAACGCAGGAGGCAUAGAGAUAAAACCGCGUCUAAAACGUGUCGCUUGCACUUGUCCGAAUUGUAUGGAAGGUGAAAAACAUGCGGAUCGGAAACGGCAACAUAUCUGCCACAUACCGGGUUGCAACAAGGUGUAUGGCAAAACGUCCCAUUUGCGUGCUCAUUUGAGAUGGCACACUGGGGAACGGCCCUUUGUAUGCUCGUGGUUGUUCUGUGGAAAACGCUUCACCCGCUCCGAUGAAUUGCAGCGUCAUAGACGCACUCAUACAGGAGAAAAACGUUUUCAGUGCCGUGAAUGCAAUAAGAAAUUCAUGCGAAGUGAUCAUCUCUCGAAACAUAUAAAGACACACUUCAAAAUCCGUUCCCCACUUGAUCUUGUCGAGCUUAAUAUGAAACCAGAAGACAAAGCGAAUAUUCAACGUAAUGCAGGCAAUGGGGGUGGAAUUCAAGAUGGCAAUACGUCUGAAAGUGUAUCGAAAAGUGUUAAUACAUCUAAUGGGGUAUUAACAAUUGAAUUGCAGAACUCUGCCGUAUCCAAUGUAGCUCAGCUAGGCUCAGCAAAUGUUGGUAGUAACACUGGAGUAAACGGGUCAGCAGGCACUGUAAUGCAGGUGGUCAGUGGUAACGAUUUGACUGCACAAUCGGCGGAUGAUGAUGAUGAAGAUAUUACCAGUGAUAGUUAUGGUGAUGAAGAGCUCGAUGAGGACGAAGAAGAACUUGAUGAAGAUAAUGAUAGUACUGGUGAUGAGGAGAAGAUGACAAUAACCGUUAGUGAAAUCGGUGAUAAUUCAAACUAACAUUCGGAGGCACUGUUCAUGGAACAGUUUGGAUUUAAUCAAUUCUAAUAACGGUUUCUACAUGUAAAUAGGUUAAAACUAAAAAUCGCUGUUGCGGAGUACCGCAAUUAAUGGAAUUAUGAUAUAAUCGUGAGAAUAGUUUAGUUAUAGAUUUAGUAAUUAGGUGUAUAUAGGGACUUAAAUUAUGGUCAAGUCAAAAACUGUAUUAUAUUUACGUGUCACUGUUCGUUUAUACUUUUUAAUUUAGUCUUUAUAUAUUCUUUGAAACGUAGUAGUUAUGUAAAGAUUUUAAAUUUAUACAUAUAUCAACUUUAUUGUAAAUUACGGAAAGCAAAAUUUAAAAAUAAAAUUUAAAUACCAACA